AUCACAAAGCUUCUCAACCCCACAAGUAAGAAAUACUACUAAGUAAAUGUUACUCAGUUGACAAUGAUAUAUUGGUUUCUUCAACCUCUUAUGAGUAAAGCAAAUACAGCCUUGAAAGCCUUCAACAAAGCCUCGUUUUUUUGCACAAAAAAGGAAAAAAUAAACAACUAGUGAUUUGUACACUAGAUCAAAAAGUAGUGAGAGAGAGAGAAAAACCAACUGAGAGGAAGAUGAAGGAUCGUAUAGCUAUUCAUAACACGCAGAGAAAAGACAAAAAAUAAUCUUCGAGUUGAGUUGAGUUGAGGAUCAGUCAAUAAUCAUAAGCAGUAGCAAAUGAUGGCUGGAAACCCUACUAAUUGGUGGAGCAUGCUAAUGAAUGGAAAUAAUAUGCAUCAACAAUCUCAGCAUAUUUCUUCUUCGUCUUCUUCUUCUUCUUCGCAUUUUUAUGGAGCUUCUAAUUCUUCUUUAGCUGAUAAUUCAAACCAAUAUUUCCCACCUCGCUCAUUAAGCCAACUACUUCUGAGUGGAUUUUCUGGUGAUGAAGAAAAGUUUGGUAUUAGUCCUUUUCAUCAAGCAGGAAACUCAGAAGACCAAAAUUUGAAUUCAGUCCAUAUUCCAUCAGCUUCUAAUUUUAGGGUUAAUCCUAAUAUUGAUGAUGUAAAGCCAGAGCUUGGCCAAUUAUACGACUAUCAUCAUCAUGUCCAAAAUGAAUUUCAAGCAUCACUACAAGAAAAACUGGAAUUAUCAACGGAUUUUACCAAACACGCCGCAUACACGUGUCGACCUCUUCUUGCUAAUUCUUGGUCUCAACAUCAAGAUAUGCCAUCACCAGCUAGUUCUUGUAUUACAACAGGUUUAUUAAACCAUAAUGUUUUGAACUUUUCCAGUAAUAAAAACAACAAGGGGGAACUCAAGCAUCAACAUCCAGACAAUUCAUCUGAGUGUAACAGCACAAGCAGUGGUGGGAUAAGUAAAAAGGCUAGGGUUCAGCACUCUUCAGCUCAACCUUCUCUAAAGGUAAGAAAGGAGAAGCUAGGGGAUAGAAUAACAGCACUUCACCAACUUGUUUCUCCAUUUGGAAAGACUGAUACAGCCUCCGUCUUGUCAGAAGCUAUUGGCUACAUCAGAUUCCUUCAGGGUCAAAUUCAGGCAUUAAGCUCUCCAUACUUGGGCAAUGCAUCAGGAAGCAUGGGUCACAUUUCCCAACAAUCAGAUUCUCAACACAAAAGGAAGGAUUUAGGGAGUAGAGGGUUGUGCUUGGUUCCUAUUUCUUGCAUGCAAAAUGUAGGAAGCGAUACAGGCGCCGAUUACUGGGCUCCAGCUCUAGGUGGAUCAGGAUUUUGAUGUAACGAGUAUUUACUCUGAUGAUGGGAUUUUCGUUGAUACACUGACAGUGAAAAGAUAUUUUACACUGUUACUGCCGAGAUAAUGAUGAAGCUCAUGGAAUAUUGAAUGAUAUAUAACAUCAUCAGCAGUCAUUUUCAGUAUGAAAGUCAGAGCUGACUGUUGGUGAUGCUAUAUAUUUUGCAUUCGAAAUCGGGUGAAGGAUUUAGUGAUAUUUUCCAAUGCCAAUAUGGUCCUAUUUUCUUGAUUUUCAUGAAUAAUCAUACACUACAAGUAGUUCAUAUGUGAGUGUUGUAUAUGUAACUUGGAAAUCAGUUUACAUCCUUUGAUCAUUUUAUCGAUCUUUCAUUUCAAGUAUAUAUACGUUUAUGUUUAAGUCAAAAGUUUGAUUAUUGGAUGAGACUUGCCGGUGA